GCCAUCCCUUGCCUCGCGUUUUCAAUUCCGUCGCCGCCUCGCUCGGCGGCUAUUUCACCUCAAUUCCUCGCCGCCGCGGCGUCUACGUCGAUCUCCUGAUCUCUUCUUUCGAUUCUGGUGGUCGCCGCAUGCGACAGUAUUGCCUCGGCGUUCUCCUCGUUUCUUCGUGUACUGGAUGUGCUGCUGCAGACGAAUGCCCUGUGCAGACAGUUUCUUCGCCUUCCUACUAUCAGUCGCCGGUGGCCGGCGAGUCUCUAGUAGUUUCUACGAAGAUAAAAGGACGACUCCAUCCAGGCAUCGAGGUGGUGUCCUUUGUUUUUCUUUCGUCUCGUGGCGGUAAACAUGAACGUACGGCAUUUGGAAGCUUUAUGGGGAUGCAUUUGUAAAUUUGUAGUGAUUUGUGAAGACUUGACAUGUAGUUGUUACCUUAAUGGUGGUAGUUUGGAUGUUUUCUUCAGAGAUAGCAUAGCUUUGGGCUGUGUGCUUUGGAGAAAUGGAAGGAACAAUAAGUGAAGAUGAUGGACUGAUACCGGAUGGAAGUAUGGAUCUCAAUGGCAACUCUAGUGAUCCUCAAAUGGAUUUAGCUCUUGGCGCUCUUGGCAUUGAGCUAAACUUGGAUGGAACUGACCUCGGGGAGCCAUGCAUUGGAAUGGAGUUUGAGUCUGAUGAGGUUGCAAAAGAGUACUACAUUGCUUAUGCUAAUCGUAUUGGUUUUGGAGUUCGCAUGAACAAGUCACGUCGCUCAAGGAAGGAUGACACUGUCAUCAUGCGCCGCUUUGUGUGCACAAAAGAAGGGUUCCAUUCUAAGAGGGUAAUCUAUGAUGAUGGCAAGAAGAAGAGAAAGCGAGGGACAACAAGGGAAGGUUGCAUGGCAAUGAUUGAAGUGAUCCGUAAGGAUCAUGGUAAAUGGGUUGUUACAAAGCUCAUCACUGAGCACUCACAUGUGGUGGCAUUUCCUGAUAAAGCUCAGCCUCCUCUCAGUAAUUCAGUUAUCCAUAAUAACUCAACCUUGCUUAAUGCAGCAUCCAGUGGAGGAUUUAGUAAUUUGAAAAAUUUCAGUAGAGGAAUCAGAGUCAAUCCGUUUGGGGAAGGAGGCGAAGCACAGGGCCUUUUGGAAUAUCUGCAGAGAAUGCAAGCUGCAAAUCCUGCUUUCUUCUACGCAAUUCAAGUUGACAAUAACAAUUGCAUGACUAAUGUCUUUUGGGCUGAUGCUAAAGCUAGGAUGGCUUAUCAGUACUUUGGUGAUGUCGUAACAUUUGAUACGACAUAUAAGAAGACAAAGUACAUGAUGCCAUUUGCGACGUUCAGAGGUGUGAACAAUCAUCAACAGAGUGUCACUUUUGGCUGUGCACUUCUUAUGGACGAAACUAAGGGAUCGUAUGUCUGGCUAUUGGAGACCUGGCUCUCAGCUAUGGGAGGACGCCACCCAGAGACGAUAGUUACUGAUCGAGACAAGGCCAUGGAAGGAGCUAUUACAAGGGUAUUUCCUAACACCAGUCAUCGGUUUUGCAAUUGGCACAUACUGAGUAGGUGCAAGCAGAAGCUAUCAGAUGUUUAUUCAAAAUAUGCUACCUUAAAGACUGAUUUAAAAGAAUGCAUCAACCAAGUUGAAACUAUUGAUGAGUUUGAGACUCGAUGGGAGUUCAUUCUUGACAAGUAUAACCUUUGGGACAACCCAUGGCUGCAAUCAUUGUACGAAGUUCGCCAUCAGUGGGCUCCAGCUUACCAGAGGGGCAACUUUUCCCCUGAAUUAUCUGCAUCUCAGCGAUCGGAAAGCUUGAACAAAUUUUUCAAGAGAAACUUUAAUUCAAAAACAUCCCUACUUGUUUUCAUUGCACGAUUUGAUCAAGAGAUGGCAUCUGCAUGUGAGAAGGAAGCUCAAGCAGAUUUUGCUGCAGCCUAUACUAGACCACUACUGAAAACCCCGUCACCAAUCGAGAAACAAGCUGCUGCUGUCUAUACAAAAGAAAUAUUUGAGAAGUUUCAGGAGGAAUUUAUUGAGUCGUUAGGUUAUUAUGUUAAUAAGAUUGAGGAUGGUCCUAAUAUUAAGUAUAGUGUGAUCAAGGAGGAAGAAAACAAUAGAACCUACUUUGUCCACUUCAACGAACCUGAUAAGACUGCAAAUUGUAGUUGUUGCAAGUUUGAGAGUUCUGGGAUAUUAUGCAGGCAUAUUUUUAGGGUUUUCUUUACUGUUGGGGUACAUGUAAUCCCAGAAUGUUACAUCUUGAAACGAUGGACUAGGAAUGCUGCAAGCACCGAGCUACUAGAUGAACGAGCUAUUGAAAAUGGAUCCAACUUCCAAGAUUGCCUACUUGCUUGGUACAAUGAUCUCUGUGUUGAUGCCGUCAAAUAUGGAAUUGAAGGCGCUUUGUCUUCUGAGAUAUACAAGGUCGCUAAGGCUGCACUUCAGAAGGCCUUCACCGAAGUAGUCUCUGCAAAAAAUGCACAACGGAAGGGCCAGCAGAAUAUGCAAAGAUUUGCGCGUCUUCAAAAGAUGCAAUUCAAAAUGCCACUCCCGAAACUGCAGGCAAAGAAGACUCCUGCAAGAUCAGCUCAAGAGGAUGGCGAUAGAGAUAAGAGAUGUGAUAAAGAUGCCUCUUUGGAUACAAGUGAUCCUGGUCCUAACGACGGAAUGCAGUAAACAGAGUUGUAGUUUUCAGUGAUGUUUCUCGAAAUCAUGUCAUAUUGGGAGAUUAGAUCAUACAGCUACAAACUCAACAACAUUUUGAAGUAUUCAGAAUGUUUAAAGUGCUACUUUUUGUAAUGAUUAGUGCUAGCUAACUUUCAAGUGUGUUGGAUUUGUACAUCUUUUCUCCUUGUAGUUUACUGAUCUCACAACAUGAGAUUUUACUUAUGGAGUUGCAAGAAAAGAAGUGACAUAUAUAUUUAACAAACAAAUUUUGAGGA